UGUCCAUUACGCGUAGUGCUUUUGUGAGAGAAUAAAGAAUUGUGCGACACGCGAAAUAGCAAGAUUGCGACAAUAUGAUGCAAUUUAUGCUAUUGUUCAGUCGCCAAGGGAAGCUUCGUUUACAGAAGUGGUAUGUCGCGCAUCCAGAUAAGUUGAAAAAGAAAAUUACGCGCGAAUUGAUCACCACGAUACUCGCACGAAAACCAAAAAUGUCGAGUUUCUUAGAAUGGAAGGACGUUAAGGUUGUUUACAAAAGAUAUGCAAGUUUAUAUUUCUGCUGUGCAAUUGAACAGAAUGACAAUGAAUUACUAACAUUAGAGAUUAUACAUCGAUAUGUUGAAUUAUUGGAUAAGUAUUUUGGUAGUGUAUGCGAAUUGGAUAUAAUUUUCAAUUUUGAAAAGGCAUACUUUAUCUUAGACGAGUUGCUUGUUGGUGGGGAAAUUCAAGAAACUAGCAAAAAAAAUGUAUUGAAAGCCAUUGCUGCCCAGGACCUGUUACAGGAGGACGAAGCUGUGGACGGUGCUCUGCGGGAGAUAGGGCUUUUAUAGGUACCCUAUUGUUUGCAUGAGCUUCAUGGACAGAAUAUCGACCAACACGAUCGACCGAAAAACAAGAAAAGGCUUACCCGCUGCAUGAUGCCAUUACAACUCUACUAUAUAAAUAUACAUACUUAUAGAUUCUCAAGUCAACUUUACUAGUCAUAUACGAGACGUUUAAGACGUUGUGAAUUUUCUUUCUUCAACGAAAACUUGAUUGAUAAACAAAUUUUUUUCUUAUUUUUAAAAUUUUU